CUCACAUUAUCUAAAGUCACUUCAAUUCCAUUCUUACCCAUUAAAGGGAAUGUCUUUUUCUUCCCUUCUUACCCAUUAAACAAAGUCUCCCUUCUUUUUUUCCUUUCAAAAAUUUUCAACCAAUUCUUUGGUUUGCAUGGAAGUGGUGGUGGGAAGCCAGGGCGGCGGCGGUGGAAAUAGCAACAACAACAACGGCGGCGGGGCGAGGGAGUACAGGAAGGGGAACUGGACGGUGCAGGAGACAAUGGUGUUGGUGGAGGCGAAGAGGAUGGACGACGAGCGGAGAAUGAGGCGGCAAGCUGGCGGCGACGGCGGCGGGAAGCCGACGGAGCUGAGGUGGAAGUGGGUGGAGGACUAUUGCUGGAGCAAUGGGUGUCUGAGAAGCCAGAACCAGUGCAAUGACAAGUGGGAUAAUCUCAUGAGGGAUUUCAAGAAGGUGAGGGAGUACGAUAGGAGACUGCCCCACCGGAGCGGCGGCGGCGGCGGAGACGGCCACGAUCACGGCGGCGGCGGCGGCGAGAAGUCGUAUUGGAAGAUGGAGAGGAACGAGAGGAAAGACAACAACUUGCCCACCAACAUGCUGCGCGAAAUUUACGACGCGCUGAUUGAGGUUGUGGAGAGGAAGCCGCCGGUGGCCGUUCAAAGAACGGUCGUCGGCGGCGCCGGCGCUUCGACUUCAGGUUACGUUCCUCAAUUGCCGCCACCAGUAAUGCAGCAGCAGCAGCAACAGCCACUUGAACAUCGCGAAGUGGUGGCGGCACAUCCGCCACCGCCGCCACCUCCUCCUCCGGUGGCGCAGCCGCCGCCGUUGUACAUACCUUGCCCUGCGGCCCAGCCCUUCCCCAGAGUAGAUCCUGAAACAAGGGAGCAGAGCUCUUCCGAGUCACCGGCAGCAAAGAGGAGGAGAAUAACGACGGCGGCGACGACUCACGAGCAGCUUCCGGCGGCGGCGCCGGCGCAGAGCGGAGGCGGCAGCUCGGCCCUUGCCGCGAGUGCGACGCUGAUAGCGGAGGCGAUUCAGACGAGCGAGGAGAGGGAGGAGAGGAGGCACAGGGAGAUGGUGAGCUUGCAGCAGAGGCGACUGCGUCUGGAGGAAUCGACGGCUGAGAUCAACCGGCAGGGCAUCAACGGCCUCGUCGACGCCAUCAACAGACUCGCCAAUUCCAUCCUUGCUUUGGCUACCAAUAAUGCUAAUACUAACAGCACCAACCAACCUCCUCCUCCUUGAACUCGCCGGCCGCCGGUCGCCGCCGCCCAUGUCCGAGAAUAGUGGUACGGUAUAGAUCCAUUUGCCCAAUUAAUUAGCUUGUAGAUA